AUGAGCAAGGUGAGCCUGGGUUUGAGCAACUGCGCAAUGACUGCUUAUUAGAUCCAUAUCUAACGCAAGCACUUAAAUCCUUGAAAUUAUGAUUAGGGAAUCACUUAACCAUUGCAGUGAUUUCCUCCUUGUGUUCUCGUUUGGACCAGAGGGGGUUAUUGUAGUGCAUUACAGCCGUGGUUGUUAUAGUGAUGUGGGAGAUGCCAGGCUGUGCAGGGAGUUGGUGAAGGAGGGGACAGGGGGAUUCAACUACAAAGAAAGUUAAUGAAUGCAGAAAUAAAUAAGAAGACUUGUAUGAGCUUAGAAAAGUACUCACUAUAAUCCCCUUUCAUAGAUCAUUGUUUCCAGGUUCCACUUCAUUCAUAGCAUUGCCUCAUUUAGCCACACUUGGAGUAGGAUUUUACUCACAAGUUCUUGGCUUGUUUUCACAGUUACCUGGAUCGAGUUUUACGCUUGUAAAGACAGUAAUGUGUUGAUCUUUCAUUGUUUACGGUCAGAGUCCUCUGGUUUACACAAGGUAUAAAAAUAUAACCAAUAAAGACUCACAUUUCAAAGCAGGGUACUUUGUAUUUUACUGUUGUCAGUCAGUCUCUCUUUCUCCUUUCUUUUCUUUCUUUCUUUUGCACUUCGGUCCAUCAGCCAUUUUAGUGUCAAGGUGUCAAAGAGACAUUUAUUCUUCAAAUCCCACACAACAUGGGUAACAGAUGACUUGAACCUCUGCAUAGAAAUAGAAUAUUCAAGCUCUUAAAAAGCUCUCUACUUUUAAUGGUUUAUGAUACACAGAGCAUUCUCUUGCACCGCUGUCAGGUUACACCAUCCACAGUGGAUGUGGAGGCUCAGCAGUGUUUUGUCCUCUCUAGGCCUUGUACACUGUGUGGUGUUCAGUUUCUGUCUGUCUGUCUCUAUGACAGUCCACAGCAGAUCAGGUGAGUGUAUGGCCGCCUCUGUGUGAGAGUGGGGACACUCCCUGGUUUGGCCUGUACCUGCACUUCCCACGCUCUAUAGAAAGGGGCGUGGUAUCUCUCAAUCCCCUUCUUUCUACUGGAUUAAAAAAUGAGGAACUAGGUCGUAGACAAAUAUGAGACUUUAACCAGGAAACUGAACCGGUUACUUGUCUGCUCACCUGAUCCUAACAUGGGACAUGUUGUCUCUUUUAAACCACUUCCGAUUCUUUGCAACAAAACAAUACACUCAACUUAAUUGCUGGUAUGUUGAACACACAAGAAGUGUCACAUGAAUACCGUUCAGUAUUUUACCUUAUACUUCUUAAAUAACGCUCUUAAGAUAUCAAGUGCAAAGAGGCCUAGUAACCCCCUCAGUAGUUUUAGCCGUGGUAGGCUGUUUACAAGCCUUGGGUGUCACUCUCCAUCAGCUGAAUAGUCUAGUUGUCCCCCUGAUUAGGCUAUCUUGUGUAGAUGAAACCAGUCCUAAACACAGACUGGUAAAGCCCCACUAAUCAGAUUAUAACUGGGGUAGAAGAGGAAUAAGCUAUACAUUCAUAAACGUACUCACUACAACCUCACAUGCACAUGGUUGCCUCUCACUCGCCUUGCUCACAUUUUCAUGUGUAAUUAGGACAGUACAGAUGGUAAAUGGACUAUAUUUGUAUAGCGCUUUCUCCAGUCUUCUAACCACUCCCAGGUGCUUUUACAUGACAUGUCACACUCACCCAUUCACAUCUCAUUCAUAAACUGAUUGCAGAGGCCGUUAUGGUCAAGUGUCCUGCCCAAGGGCACUUUGGCGUGGAAACAGCCUGGGAUCAAACCCCUGACUGACCCUCUGAUUGGAAGAUGAUUGACUCUACCUCUGAGCCAUAUCCACUGAGCCAAGGCUGAAAGAUUUACAUUCUGACUCAGAUUCUUGAUGUGGACUAAGAAAUGGUUUUCUUCCUAGGCGCUCUCAGCCUAAAACUGAAAUUCAUCUAUCCAGGUAGUGGGCAUAAGUUUCACAUUGAUUCAGUUCAUUGUCUGAUCCAUUCCAUGAGGUGUUGAUUGAGACACUCUGAAAGAAAGUCCUCUUCACAGCUUUCAUUCAUGGAGACAGACAGACAGGCAUGCAAGUGACAGCUCAAAGAGGAAUGGUGGUGUUGCUUCAGGGUAGUUGAGUCUGUCUCAGAGUUUAGCUCAGGAAUGGAAAAUGACAACAAAAAAAAUGAUACUUUCCUAUCAUUGUUUUCAGUCUGGGAUCUUCAUUUUUAAUACUCAGUUCAUUUGAGCCUGAUGAGUUUUAUCCUAGCCCCUGGCAGGACGGACCUCUGCAAAGGUGAACUAUGGGUAGACGGUCACUAUCAUUAUGCAUUUAUGACUCCUUACAUAACUGCAUGGGUUUUCUAGCCAAACAGGAAGGGAGUCAAUGAUUUAAGUGCCUUCCUCCCUGCUCUGUUCUGUGCAUGCGUGCAUGUGAGUGCACACAUACACACACACAGGCCUGGACACGGGCCAUGCAAUAUGAGAGAGGAUGCUCUAACUAAUUGCGCAUGUGUUUUUGGAGUGCAUUCUUUGAGCUCUUGUACACAUGUUGAUGUAUCUGGGUGCAUGUUCAUCCUCGUCUCCAGGAGUCUAAUCUGAGGCAGGCUCCAGCUGGCUCCCAUGUGUGUGUGGGAUGGGGGGGCUCCUCCCUGAGCUCUUAAUUAACUCUGGACCAGGGCCCUAGAGCGCUGUUCCCCUCCACAGUUAAGCAGGAGGAAGCCCAAGAGCGGGAGUGAUUGUGGAGAAGGGAGAGCAAAGCAGAUAGAGGAAGGUUCGACGCAGUAAAAGUGAUCUGCUUUUACACAGAAUAGGGCGUGAUAUUGAGAUAUGCGUAAGUAACAUUUGUCUGGGUUUUGCAAUAUUCUGAGCUGUUGUUGUGGAUGUCAUAGAUUCUUUUUCACUUACAUUUGUAUUCGUUUAUUUCUAAUUAAUCAGGUCUGAUGAAAAGAUACCAAACUUCAUUUUUUUAAUGUUCAUGACCAAAAUCAAAGAUGUUUCCAGAAAUGUAUCAGGAAACAUUUCGAAGUCCAGGGCCGUGCAUUUUGUAUUGAACAAAAAUACACGGUUCGAAUAGGAAAAAGCAGUGCAGGGUCUCAUAUUUAACCAAAUUGCAGGUUUUUAAAUUGGUAAUUAUGGAUUACCUUUAACGGGUGAAAUAGUUGUGUUCACUAGCUCUUGAAAAGUAAUGGUAUAAUUUAGUAUUUUAGUCAGUCAAAACUAAACAUUUAAAAGGCUUUAAAGAAAAAGGAUACAGCUUUUACUGGUACUGAAGAAUCUACCAUACUGUAGAGUUAAUAUCGACCACAUUCUGGUGCAUAUGAGCUCUUAAUGUUUUAAGUCUGUGUUGUUUUUUGUGGAUUUUCAUAAGCGCCACCUGCUUCAGCCUGGUUCUGACUAACAUCACUGCCAAGUCUCAGUUAAAGCCAACUGGCCUGUGACAUUUGGCGCCAUGUGUAGAGAGACAGCAGAAAGGUGCUGAAGGAUGGCACAGUUGGCUGAAUGGAUGAUAUCAUGAUGAGAGUAUUCAAAACAAAAACAGGCUACUGGAGCUGCAGACAUACCUCUCAUAUCUCCAAUCUUUCUGCUUAGAAAAUAGACAAUAAUCGAUUCGUCUAUUUUCCAGUCACAGCCCAACAUGACUCCUCUGCAGCCGAGGAGGAGAAAAGUACAAGAAGACAAUUCAGCUUUGAAAGCGGCGCAUUGUUCAUGAGGGGUGUUUACUGUCUGUCAGCAUUGGUGCUUGGCAGCGGUGGCUCUGUGUUUACAUAAGUGCUCGGUGUGAUGGAGCGAGCUGGUUGAAGUGACAGCAGAUUCCACAGAGGGUUUGAUUGAGAAAGCCCAUCUGCUGCUGAACACGCAUGGAGACUGGAGGUAUGGGAAUGUUCCAGGAUCCCUGAAACUCCCAGCAUGUGAACGUGGGAUUCAGUGGAAGCAAAAAGUCUUCAGGGCUUGAAACUGUGGCUGCUAAAUGUUUUUUUUUUUUAAUACCUGAAUGAUUAUGACUAUAGAUUGACCCUGACUACUUGUGCCAUUAAGGGACAAGAACUAUCAUACUCUACUUCAUUCAUUCAACAAAGCUCCAAACAUUGACCAUCAGAAGGUUACAGGUCUUAACAAGGAAAUCGCUGAAUUCGUUACUCUCAACAACCAGCUUUUCAGGGUCUUGGUGGAAGAUGUUAGCUUCUGCCCGGCUGGUGUUUCCUCUCAGACGUGGCUUUACCUGAACUGUGAAGCUUUGUCAUUAGUGGUAUGAUAUAUAAAAGCACCACUGUAAUGCUAUAUUAGCUUUACCAUUAACAUUUUGACAUCAAGCGUCGGCCAUGUCAGCAUGUUGGGCCUCACUGCUCAUUGGACUGAUGACAUGUACUCCCCAGAAAUUGUCUUUACAUUUUCAGAAUGAAUGUCUAUAGUUGGAAAACAAUUAAUUUCUAGUAGAAUCUGAUGCUUGAAUUGUUUUUUGUCUGCUCCCAAAACAAAUAUUCACAGUAAGAGUAACAAGUAAAUUUAAGUAGAGGAGAUGCUUGGAGCUCUAUAGGUGUUUAUGUGCUGUUAUCUGUGAAACCAUGUUUUAAAAUACCAGGAUAUUGGAUAGAAGAAUCUUAUAAUGUUCAAUGUGUUGGACUAUGUCCCUGAUUUGCAGACCACACAUCCCUCCCCUCACCAUCACCUCAUCACCUCAUCAUCUGAGUAAUCUGGAGGAAACUGGGCAAUUUAUUUCAUUAAUCACAAUGGAUUAGCAAGUUUCAUUGCUUAGUCACGCUCACAAAGCCCUACUUCAAAGACUCGGCUGCAUUAGCCACUGCACUGAGUCACACACACACUCACAUUAAGUUGGACGUAGCACAACACCACCCCAACCUGGGCCUCAACUCUUCUUGGACAUCGAAAGUACAGCACCAAGGACAAAAGACAAGGACACAGACUGUUUGUAAUGACAGAUGUCUCUCUGCAAACUGUAGGAUAAUUGUUUUUCUGUUAUUCUCUGUCUUCUUUUAUUCCUCAGUCUGUCUCCUUUGCGUACAAUCACAGUGGACGCUGUACUGUAAACACACAAAAGUGCAUUCUUAUGCUCCCAACUCCUUUGGCAUAAUGUCUGUCCUUUCCAUGCUUUAUGUAACUUUGUGUUGUCUGUCUUGGCAAAACAUUUCUGCACAAAUGCUUCCCGAAAUCACUAAACAAAAUCUUUUUGUUUUUCAGGUAGAACAAAAGGACAGGGUCUUGUCCACAAGUGAGGAUCCUCUCCCGAUCCUCCACAACUCUGGGGCUGACCUACUGAACCGAAGCCGACCCCUUAGUGACAUAUACCCACUCCACAGUCAAGCUGAUGGUAGUGCGGUCCCAUAUCUACUGUCUGGAUGCAGUGCCCAAGUUCAGACUGUGACUUCAGGUCCUGAUGAAAACAAGUUGAACAGAAUCAACUCCUCCGCCUGGUCCAACCCUGUGAUAGAUCGGCCUGAGGGCAAGCCUUACUCCUCAAGAAUUAUGAGGCUUUUUUCAAACUCCAGGAAGGGCCCUGUCCCUGCUCACAGUCCAACCACUGACAGUUCUACCUCAUCUAGCAGCAUCAGCGACCCCAGCCCCCAGUCCUGGCCUGGACUUUCAGGACUGGGUGUUGUGGACUCUUUUAAAAAGCUCCGCUCCUCUGUUCUACAGGGUAUACAGAGUAGAGGGACAAUCAACCAAGAUGGAGAAAAUAUCCCUUAUUUGAACGAGGAAGUGAGAAACGGCACUGUUGUAGCCAACUCUGGCCCAGGUCUUAAUGAUGCAACAAAUCAUUUCAAGUUUGCUGAAGGAUACAGUUUAUCUAAUGGAGGUCACACCAGCCAAAGGUUGGCUGUGAUGUGUCAAUGUGGAUCAGAUUUUGAAGACUUUGACGAUGAAGAAGAAGCUGAUGAAGGAGAUGGUCUUACGCGAAACACACGAUUCUCGAGGAGUAUCAGGAGAGCUUACGGAGCAGGACGCAUUUCCUUGUUUGACAUGGGAAACGGGAGACAUGCAGGAAAAGGCACAAAUGAAGCCGAGGGACAGAAACAAGAUCAGACAUCCAAGGAAAGCUCUCAAAACAGAAACACGAACGACAACACAAAUGUGAAGAUGCUGAGCAGACUGAGCAAAAGUGCAGAAAAUCUUCAUAUAUUUAAAGCACCUUUCAGACGCAAAGCAGCAGCCCAAGGGUCUCCCUCACCUCAAGAUGACCCCGAGAGGACUUGCACAUCAAACGGGGCUCCAAGUAUCCAGAGGACUGCCAGUGCUUCCUCAGUGGACAUGCAGAGCCACACUGUAGCCAAGACCACUGUGAAGACCAAGGGACCUAUGUUAAAGUUGGUGGGCAGUAUGUCUGACCUCACUGUCCGGCGCAGGCGAAGUCCGUCCCCGAGCCCUACCACUCCAUCUCCCAUGUCCCCCCUCAGCCGUCUCCAUGACGACUACUCCCGCCGCGUGCCUUGCUUGACAACCAGCGAGAGACGGCGGCGGCCCUCGCCUGUCAGAGCCAGGGUUAUGUCAGCUGGACAUAGCCCUCUGGGUCAUUCACAGCCUGAUGUCAGCCCACAGCAGCACCAGGUCCUCAUCAGCCCGGUUCCUGUGGAGAUGGAGCAGACCCCACCCGGUAUCUCUGCUCAUUAUGGACCACUGAGCGAAGCAACAACAAGUGAUUUUAGACAGACAGCAGAAUGUGAUUCAUCUCCAGUGAGCCAAAAAGAGCCUUCGCAACAACAAGAGACUGAAGUCAACACCGUGUUAAACGAGGUAAACUAAAAAACAAAGAUUAAUUUUGUGGAGUUUUUUUUUUUAAUUCACAAGAACAUUAUGCAGUAAAAACUCUAAUCUCAUUACCUCUUUGCUUAACUAUACCUUAGCCAGUGUUGUGCUAGUUACUGAAAAACGUUAACUAGUUACAGUUACUUUGUAAAACAAAUAAAAAGUAACUCAGUUACUUAAACCAAACAGUAAUGCAUUACUGAGAAAGUAACUAUUUAGUUACUGUAAAACGUUGCUUCCAAUGUGGAUUGAUUGAUUUCCCCUUUAGCCGUCAUUUUAGUUCUGUACUGAUUCUGACUUAAACAAACUGUUGAUUAAAACAACUAUUUAAAUGGGCUCUAUGAACAGAUCCACUACUUCCUGAAUUUAACGCUGGUCCUUACUUUCCUGUCUUACGGUACAUCAAAGGACAAAAUGAUUAAUCCAGGUGUGUCUGAGCAGUAACAGUGAUCAGUCACGCCUAGGUUAAUCAGUUCAGGAAGCAGUGGAUCGGUGCAUAGAGCCCAUUCAUUUGCAUUCACAUCACUGAAUGGAUGAUUAUCCAAGCAAUAUGAUCCAUUGUGCACCAACACAAACCUUGACAGUAACACCAAAAUUUCACCAUUGGACUCUUGGAAUAACAGCCUGAUAUCGCUAAAAAAAAAAAGAGCGAGAGAGAGAGAGAGAGAGAGAGAUCCAAAUAAAGAAUUUAACAUACCAUGCUAUUGUUUUACAAAGUUGUGCCUGGCCAUGGGUUUGUCUUUGUCAAACUUUGUCAAAGCAUGCCGCUCCUCUAGGCGCUUCAGUAGAUUGCGAUUGCUGUUGUUCACCAUAGAAAGGAUUUUUGAUCCUAACUAAAUACCAAAAGCCUGAAUAAACAAGUGUUGCUUGUCAUGCCAUGCCCUGACCUGGUAUACUUGGACCGUUCUAGUCCUCUUCAUAGUGCAGGUUUGAUUACGUGUGUGACGCCAGAGGGUGACGAGUGCUUUGAUUUUCUAAUUUGACUAAACUUGAUUGAUCGCUAAGAUGUUAUGGGGUCUGUGUACCGUUGUAAAACCUCACCAAAAGGAGCGGGGUAACGCAGUGUUUGGUAACAGAAACUGAGUUACUGCAUUAAAAAAAAAAAAAGAUAAUGCAUUACAUUAUUAGUUACUGAAUAAAGUAACGGCGUUACUAAUAACGCGUUCCUUCCCAACACUGACCUCAGCAUUGAAGUGGAAAUUUCAGAAAAUAAAGAGAAACUGGAAGGGGUUGGAAGUCAAGCUGAUAUUUAAAAAGUAAAAGACACACAUUUAAAAGGAAGGAAUUCAUGGACCACCAGAUGAAGACCACCAGAUUUAGGAUAUGUUCUUAUUCUUGAGUGUCUGUCAUUGCAGACUGAAAGAGCCUUUGUUUACAUUUUUACCAGCAAAUCUUGCAUGAAGAGCAAAGAUAGAGGAUAUACACUGUCCAAAGUGGACGCCCAAAAUGAAAGUUGACCAUUUCUUGAAGAUAAAGAGAUCUUCGUAACAAAUAACUCAGUUUUGUUGGCCAAACUGUACAUGAAAAUACUUUGAUCAUUUCAACCAGUUUCUUCCAUGCUUGGUGUUCUAGGAAAUGCAGAUAGGUUGAUGAAACGCAGGACGUGUGUAAAACAAUAACGAUGACAUCAAGCUAGACUGUUAUCUUUAUGUACCUUGCCUGUCUGAUUACUGCUGACAGAUGAGUACAAUGUACUAUAAGACAUGAAGGCUGCGAAAAGUUUCACAUGAUCACCCAUCAGUGGCACCUUAAUCACUGAGUUAGAAACUUGGGAUUGGAAAUCAUUAGAUAAGAGAGUUUCUGUAAACUUCCAGGGAAGAAGGAGGCACUGACAGACAGAGAAAGUUGAAUGUGCUCUUUAUGGUGGAACAGCAUGUUCAUUGAAGGAUGCCAGACUUUCAGCUUUAUGGCAUUGACCCUUGCAUCACUCCUCUAGGAAGUGAUCAUUGAUUCUGACAUGGUUAUAACCAUCUGAGAUAACUUCCUUUGUUGAAGAUGCACCCAUUAGAUCAGAGUUUGUGGCUUAAAAAGUAGCUGUGUGUGUGUGCGUGUGUGUCCAAAGUCCCCUUCAAAGUCAAAUAAAUAAUGACGUAGGCGUGACCAUUCCUCACUGUCCCUUUCCUGUCAGCCGUGUUUGAUAUACUGACUUCUGCUAUAGCAAGGUCACAUGCUGGAGCCAGCUGUUCUGUGCCUCUAUGCACGCUGAAGGAGCAGUCAGAGUUAAUGAUUAGGCUUUGUUUAUGAUUAGCAGCCCUUGCGCAAAACAGCUCCAGAGUCCUGUUACUGUGGGAGGAUAUGCAGCUAUGAGUGAGUACAGCCCCCGCCUAAUGUCUGCCCCUCUUCCCCUGUGCUGAAGCCCAGGGGUCAAAGUCCAGCACCAAGAACUCUGGGCCUGGACAGUUAGGAGCAUGUGGAUGGGACCAUAAACACACUGUUAAGAUGGCGUGUGUUCGUGCAUAAGAGAAAGGAUUUGUUUAGGAGAUGAACAGUAAAAAUCAGGAUUGUUUACUUAGGAAAUCAAGAGGUGUCAACUGGCCUUAAAGGAAAAGGGGACUUGGCCUCGGGGACACAGGCCUGCUUGUGUUUUUGUGUGUGUUUCACAAUGGUGCUAGUCCACUGUGUGCCUUUCCAGUGUAUAUGCCGAGGACCGGACCACGAUCGAGAAAUCCAAGAGGUGAGGUUGAAAAUCUCAGGCUGGCUGACCGACUUUAACAAAACUUUGGAAAGAGUAACAAAAGCUUCUGCGUGUGAAGUUACCUGGUGGUGCACAUGUGGUGUGAUAACAUUUAAUUGUGGGUUCUAUUUAGCUUUAACUUUGGUUUGAGCCCGAUAAGCGUAGAAACCGUAUUGUGUUGGGUUUGUGUGAGCUCAAAUAUAGUGAUAUCGUUGUGGAGUUUCUGAUUUAAGUGAAUUGAAGUAGUUUCACUCUAAUUCUUGUGGUUCUACUUUGAGAUCCAACCAAGAAACUUGCACAUAUUAGGAGCUUUUAUGACAUGCAGCACCAUUUUGCUCUGUUUCUGAUUAACAGAUGUUCUUUCCAGCAGAGGUUAUGUUCUUAAUCUCUGUGAACUGCAGAUCACUGAACAUUGUGAAGUCUUUAUUAAGUUUUCAACCUUUUUUCUUCUCUUUAGAUGACUGUGGACAAACAAGAGUCAGAAGUAAUCCUCCAAACAGAAGAAGCCUCAUCAACAGCCAGCUGUACCCCCCCUAUCUCCCCCACAUGCUCUUUAGAGUCUCCCACAUCAUCCACAUUGCCUACAGAUGCUUCCCCAGAUUCCGCUGAAAUAUCCUACGUCAAGCCCAGAAGAAGGGCUGGGCGUCCGAGACCUCGGCCCAUCUCUGAUUAUGCACAACUCGUUUCCCGGAAGCACUCCAUCCCUGAGGAAGUGGCAGAACUGUGUUCUGAGGACAGGACAGCAAAUGCAUCACCUCAUAAAGACUGCAGCGCUAAUAAUAUUAGAGAGAAUGGAGGGAGCCCUGGGAGCUGCAGCGAAUCAGACGGAGACGUUCAAGGGAGUAGACAACGGCCUGUGUCAGUGAUAGGAGUCGUGGAUCUGUUGUCUUCUGAUGCAGAGGGGAAAGAUGACAGCCUCCCAUCUGUAAGCAGUCAUAGUUUUUUUUACCUACCUAGUAAAAAUCAGUCUGAUGCAAGGAGUGCCACAGAGUCAGUAAAUUACAGAGGUCUUUGCAAGCUGAAGAGAAUUCUGGUCAUGGUUCUUGUCAUACCCUCUGUCCUUUCUGCCUCUGCUUCCAUUUACAUUGAGGAAAAACCCCAAAAGAACAUGUUUAAAGUACAGACUGGAUUUCCAAAACAUAAUAACUGAAGAAAUGGCAGUUUAAUUAUAGAUAUAAUAAUAGAGAGUUAUCACCCUCAUAGAAAUGAAAACUGAAGGUUUUUUAAUUGAUCAGAUUCCCAUUCCCCAUAUAAUUAAAAACAUUUUUGUGACUCUAAACAGGUAAAAAUCACAGAUUAGUAUAUCUUUGUGGUAUGUCAACUAACAGUUUUACAGUAUUUGAAAUGCAAGUAGAAUUUUCUAUAGCUGUGCGUCCUGCAUUUUAAUGUUUGAACUAAAUACAAAUUAGAAAACUCUGCAGAGGUACAACAAUAGUUGUUGAACCUGGGCUCUGGAAUAAGAAUGUUCUAGUCCCAUUGAGUCAGAACACAUUUUUUAAUGUCUCCUCCAUUUCCUGUCCUCCAAAUUUUGCCUAAAACUCUGGCGGCAUCCAGCUCAGAAUAAUUGAUCAUGGUCUUCUACUUUAGUGUUAUCUGUUAAGGAGCUGCAGGUUUAUUUCUUUGAAACAUUGAGUCAUCAGGCGGCUAAAGCCUGAGAAAGUGAGGUCCAGCUAAAUCCCAGGAUAUUUUUCUCAUCUCCUCUGCAGCCUCUGUCGCGGCCACCAAUCCCUUCCCACCAGGUUCCCCCCUACAGAGCGGUGUCAGCCAGGUUUCGCCCCUCCACCUUCUCUCAGAGCACCCCCAUCGGACUGGACCGCGUAGGUCGGCGCAAACUCCACAGAGUGCUCAGCGGUGAGAACCAUGUUACAGCCAGUGGGGAAAAAGCUGAGUCUGGGAAUGUCAAUAAGUGUGUUGGAGGGAAAAUGUUGGUGCUGAGCCCGGUGUGGGUGUGCCUGCAUCUGUUGCUUGUUUUCCUGGAUUCUCUAAAUCCUUUUCAGACAGUUUUCAGCUCCACGAGGGAUUCUUCAACUUUCUGCUUGUGUUGCAGAUGGUGUGUCAGAGUGCUCGGCAACUCUUGAUGACAGCGUAAGUGAGGAGGAGGAGGGAAGCUUCGAUGAGCUCACUGAAGGCACACCCUACCUCCAGCCAGGGGUGGAGCUUUCUGUGCUCAACGAGGUGAGGCUCAGGCCGGAAACUUGUCACGUUGAAGCAGUUGUAGCUCUAUCUUCUCCAAGAAUGUGUAUCUGACUUAUGAUGCAACUGUCAUCCCGCUGCUGCAUGUCUUGUGAACAACCAUGUGGAAUGAUUUUAUGUGUGCGGUUUCAAAAUGUUUGGCGGUGGUUCAACUGAACAGACAACCACCGCUGUGUCCUCAAGUCUAGACAUAAUCUGACAUGUUGGACAUGGGCUGAGCCUGCAUGUAAUUGUAUAUUUAUCUGUGUGUGUGUGCCGCUCAGUGGAUAAGCUGUGGCCACACAGUGUGUGCCGAGGCACUCUGGGACCAUGUGACCAUGGAGGAGCAAGAGCUGGCAUUCAAAGCCGGAGACGUUAUCCGUGUCCUGGAUGCCUCACACAACGACUGGUGGUGGGGUAAGGGGGCCGACAGGGAGGCCUGGUUCCCCUCCAGCUUUGUGAGGGUAAGUGGACUUCCUGACCCGUGUGUCCGGCGUAUGUUUGCUCUCAUGCAGCACAGAAAAGCCUCGCAAACUGGCUCAGCUCCAAACAAACCUCAGCAGUCCUCUUGACGCUGUGUGUGGAAAGCCCGCAACCUCAGAGGUUCAACUGGUUUCUGUGGGGACCACAGCUGAUUGACAGUUGAGUCUUAAUCAGGCAGAGGGCGGUAACCAUGGUGAAGUUGUUUGAUUGGCAGAUGGGCGUCUGCUGUGUAAUUGCUUGAAGCUGAAUCAAGGUUGCAGAACAGGAGCUGGUUAAACUUGCAUGUUACCGUAGCGAUAAGGAGUAGUCUUUUGUAGUCAGAGCAGCUAUUGUUCUUUUUUUUUCUGUAAAUCACAAAAAUAUGAUGAGUACAAAAAAUAUGGAGAUUUAGGGGGAAAACUAUGGCUAAGCAUGAUUCAGUGAGACACUCCCCCUGUUUUGAAAUGAUUUCGCUGCUGCUUAGGAGGUUACUGUGUGUGGUGGACAUAUUUCAGGUGCGAGUGAAUCAAGAAGACUCCAGUACAGAGAGUGUGGAGAGCGUUGUGGACCAGGAAGAGCCAGCUCCAAGAGACACACACAGCACUCAGCACAAGGAGCAGAUGAGAACCAAUGUGGUUCAGGAAAUCAUGAAUACUGAACGCAUCUACAUCAAGCACCUGAAAGACAUCUGUGAGGUACAGUUGAAUAUUCAUGUUUCUGGCAGCUGCUUUGGUGAUAAAUGUGAAAUUUGAAGCUUAAUUUGUUUUGAGUGUUGCUGAUAGAAAAGCUUAAGGCAUCCAAACCUAAAAUCGUUAAGUCUAACAACCGGCACCUCCUGUUGGCCAGUACUUGAACUGUCUCCAUCCUCUAUGCAUGUGUGUGUCUGUCAACAAAUUGCUUUUUUGUAACUUUCAGGGUUACAUCCGUCAGUGUCGCAAGCACCCGGACAUGUUUACUGAGCUGCAGCUGAAGACCAUCUUCAGUAACAUAGAGGACAUUUACAAGUUUCAGAGGCAGUUUGUCAAAGAGCUGGAGAAGAAGUACAACAAAGAGCAGCCGCAUCUCAGUGAAAUAGGAUCCUGUUUUCUCUUGCAGGUUGCAAACACACACAAACCCACUCUCCUAUUCACCUAAUCACUGUGAAGCUCAUUUAUUCACCAAAUUUCACAGCUCAGAUAACUUAAUUUCAUUAAAUGUCACUUCUCUUUUCAAAGGGAGAGGGCUUCUCUAUUUACUCGGACUACUGCAACACUCAUCCAGCAGCCUGUGCCGAGCUGCAGCGCCUCAUGAAGUCAGGAAAAUACAAACAUUUCUUCGAGGCCUGCAGGCUCCUCCAGCAGAUGAUCGACAUUUCCAUCGCUGGGUUUUUGCUCACACCUGUCCAGAAGAUCUGUAAAUAUCCUCUACAGCUGGGAGAACUUCUCAAGUACACCCCUAAAGACCACAGGUACCACUCGGCAGUAACCUGAUAUCACCAUGACAACAAUCUUAAAAUUAUUGAAUUUUGUGCUGUAAAUUCUGUUUUUUCACUUGGCUUGAUUGAUUACAGUGACUAUGAAGGAGUGAGUGAAGCAUACGAGGCGAUGAAGAAUGUGGCCAGUUUGAUAAACGAGAGAAAGAGGCGGUUAGAGAGUAUCGACACCAUCGCUCAUUGGCAAAUGGCCAUUCUGCACUGGGAGGUAAAGAUGACGAAUAGUUCUUCAUGUCUUAAGUUAAUUAAAUGAGGUCUGUGCGUGUGAAGAAUAUGAAGUGUGUCAAAUAAAUUUCUUCUGUGUCUGAAGGGAUCUAAUGUGCUGGAGUGCAGCUCAGAGCUGAUCCACUCAGGUGAACUCACCCGGGUUGUGCGGCAAGGAAAAAUGCAACAGCGCAGCUUCUUCCUGUUUGACCACCAGUUGGUCUACUGUAAAAAAGACGUCUUACGCAGAGAUCUCCUCCACUACCGUGGACGGCUGGAUAUGGACCAGACUGAGGUGGUGGAUAUGCCUGAUGGUCGGGACUCAUACCUGGGCUUGACCCUGAGGAACGCUCUGCGGCUGCGCAACGCCUUCACACUGGAGUUUAUGUGCGUGCUGUGCUGCAGGAAGACUGAGGACAAGCAGAGGUGGUUACAGGCGUUUGCCAAAGAGAGACACCGAGUGAAGGAGGACCAGGAGAUGGGUGAGUCCUGUGGAAUUCCUGUCCGUUCUGACGACAAACUUGUACUGUGGGUAAAUGUCAGCUCAAGGAGGAAAAGGGUCCAGAGAUUGUUCGAAAAUGGCGCUGGCUCUGAAUAUUUUAACCUGAAGGUGUGUUUGUGUGUGUUCUCUGGCAGGAAUGGAGAUCAGUGAAGAGCAAAGAAAGCAGGCCAUUGUAAACGCCAGAAGAGCCAAACAGGGGAAGAACAAAAGUAAGGAAAUAUUUAUCAUCAUGCAGUUUUCACCUUAUUAAAUUGUUUUUGUAAUUUUGGUUUUAAUUUCUGUCUCCUGGUUUCCCUUUCACCCUUUUAGACCUUGGUUACUCUACCGCUGGCCCACCACACCACCAAAACCUCCACCCACUUCAUCAGCGUCACAUCACUAUUCCAACCAGCGUGCCUCAGCAGCAAGUCUUCUCUCUUGCUGAACCCCCAAAACGGAAGCCUUACCACCUGUUGUACAGCAUAACCCGCAACGCCUUUUUCAGGAAAUGA